AUUCACUUUGUUUUUCAUACGUUAUAUUAGCUUAACAUUAUCCCCCAAAUAUUGGUGGUGUUACCCUCUGGUUAUACUGACUAACUGUAGUCAUGUAAAAUAACUUAAAUUGUGACUCUGUUACUAGCCAAUUACUGCAUUACUAUGUUUAAUUGUGCUAGCAGCUAAAUUAGAUAAGUUAAGCUAACUAACCAUCAGAAACUGUUAGCUCGCUUCAGUGUCUGGUUAAAAGUCUUUGAAAUGGCCAAACUGUUAAAAACGGGUCAACAAAACAAACUGCGAAACGACUUAAGUAACGUUAUACCAACAAAACGCGACGAGGUUUCGAACCGCAGCCUCUUGCUAGUCGUAGUAGCUGGAGUACGUGCCUGGCUGUCAGCUGACAGCCGGAGGAACUUCUGUCAGAGACGAAAGGUGAACUUUGAGUUGGGCUGGUAAACGCCCUCCCAACGCACUGGGAUGGAGGGCGAUAUGGACCUGCAGUUCCUCCUGCAGGGGGGAGACCUCCUCAAGGUCCGCUCCUCGUCCUGGAAGAAGACCCGCUACUUCAGACUGCAGGAAGAUUGCAAGACCAUGUGGCACGAAUCCAAGAAACUCUUCAAGUCCAACCCGACCUUUUCACUCGAUGACGUCUCAGCGGUGCGAGUGGGCCGUCAGUCGGAGGGCCUGAGGAAGAGCACGGAGGAGCAGGUGGAGGGCCGCUGCUUCUCCAUCAUGUUCAAGGGCCGCCGUAAGAACCUGGACCUCAUCGCCAGCUCAGAGGAGGAGGCCAGGCAGUGGAUCAGAAGCCUGGAGAAAAUGAUACACAACAGAAACAACCUCAGCCUCCAGCAGAAGACAGAACAUUGGAUCUACACCUGCCUGAAUAAGGCCGACAAGAACAAGGAUGACAAGAUGAGUCAGUCCGAGGUGAAGAACUUCCUGCGUCUGAUCAACAUUGAAGUGGAUGACAUCUACACAGAGAUGCUCUUUGCGAAAUGUGACACAUCCAAGUCUGGAUACCUGUCUGGAGCGGAGAUUGAACACUUCUAUGACCUGCUGACCCAUCGGGAGGAAAUCGAUGUGAUCUACGGCGAGUACGCCAAAACUACGGGCUUUAUGAGUCCUGAAAACCUGGUGGACUUCCUGAUGAAAGAACAGAGAGAGAAAGCCACACUGGCGGACGCGCACAAGAUUAUCGAGAAGUACGAGCUGGAUGAAAACGCCAAGGGGAAGAAGCUACUGUCCAAAGAUGGCUUCCUCAUGUAUCUGCACACACCAGAGGCCUUGAUCUACAAUUCACAUCACAGAGAGGUGUACCAGGACAUGAGCCACCCCCUCAGCCACUACUUCAUCUCCUCCUCACACAACACCUAUCUCAUGGAGGAUCAGCUCAAAGGGCCCAGCAGCACAGAGGCUUAUGUCAGGGCUCUGCUUAAGGGCUGUCGCUGCGUGGAGCUGGACUGCUGGGAUGGAUCAGACGAUGAGCCGGUGAUCUACCACGGCUACACACUCACCUCUAAGAUCCUCUUCAAAGAUGCAAUCCAAGCCAUCAAGGACAAUGCCUUUAAGACAUCUGAUUACCCAGUCAUCCUCUCCUUGGAGAACCACUGCAGCGUGGAGCAGCAGGAAGUCAUGGCCCGCCACAUGAGCUCCAUCCUGGGCAGCGCACUCGUCACAUCCCCCCUGUGCGACGGCAUGCCCACAAACUUCCCAUCCCCAGAGGAGCUAAAGGGGAAGUUCCUGAUCAAAGGGAAGAGAUUAAACAAACUUGAAGCCACCUAUGUUCCUGAGGUGGCGGCGGCUGACGACACAGACGUGUCGGAGGAGGGAGAGUCAAAUGACGAAGAUGAGGAUGAACAAAAUGUGGAAGAGCAAAGCAAGAAGAAGAAGAAGCUGAAACUGGCCAAAGAGCUGUCCGACAUGGUGAUCUACUGCAAGAGUGUCCACUUCAAUGGCUUUGAGGACGCAAGACAAAACCUGAGCUUCUACGAGAUGUCGUCCUUCAAGGAGGGAAAGGCCAUGAAGCUGGCAGAGGAGUCGGCCAAUGCCUAUGUCCGUCAUAAUGUGGAGAAGCUGAGUCGCAUCUAUCCAGCAGGCACCCGGACCGACUCUUCCAACUAUAACCCAGUGCCUCUGUGGAAUGCUGGCUGUCAAAUUGUGGCCUUAAACUUCCAGACAGCCUGCCAAGACAUGGAUCUAAACCAGGGCAGAUUCCUGGUUAAUGGAAAAAGCGGCUACGUCCUGAAGCCUGCCUUCAUGAGGGAAGAGGCCACUGAGUUCGACCCCAUCACCCUGACCCGAGGAGACUGGCUGAAGCACAAGACGCUCCAUGUCAUGGUCAUAUCAGCGCAGCAGCUCCCCAAAGUGAACAAUAAGAAAUCCUCCAUCGUGGACCCGCUGGUUAAAGUGCAGGUGUUCGGAGUGCCAGCUGAUGUUGCUGAAAAAGAGACACCUGCUAUUGAAAACAAUGGCUUUAACCCGACAUGGAAUGAAAACCUCCAGUUCGAUGUGUACGUGCCAGAGCUGGCACUGGUGCGCUUUGCUGUCGAAGACUAUGACUCCACAUCUGAUAAUGAGUUUGUUGGACAGUACACACUUCCAUUCAACAGCUUAAAAAUGGGAUACAGACAUGUGCCUCUGCUCAAUAAGAACGGCGACAUCCUUCCCUCAGCUGGACUCUUUGUACACAUCAUGGUCCUUGAUGCAGAGUAGGAUGUCACCGACUGGCGUGUUCCUCCGCAGGACACCAGGACACCCACUACACAGCCAUGUUUUAGCUGGUUUUAAUUAGAUUUUUUUAUAUUCUUUUUGUUUGGCUCUAUAGGAGUUGUAGUUGAUGAUUAACUUAUUGGCCUGACUUCAGCACGAAAAGCAGCUGGUGUAAAACCUUAUUUUCAAUGGACAAGAGUGUUUUAAAGAUCUCCAUCUGCAACUGUUGUACUGGGAUGUGGCAAAUACUGUGCAUACACACCGGGUGUGCUAGAAUUUAUAAUAUUCCAUGACUCACAUUACAGGGAUUAUUAUACAAACAGUUUUAAUUGGGUUGUAUGAGUUGCACUAGUGUUUUACCAUGUUCAGUUUGCAAAGGCAUUUUAAGCUUGUGUCUCUGAUUCUGGUGAGUUAAUGUAUUGUCUAUUUAAAUCUUUUUAUUCCAAAAAAAAAAAAAAAAAAGAAUUCUGGAGAAGUGCAAGCCAACAUAAAAACAAUGUGCUUUGUCUUCAUCAGUAAUUUUAGUCAUCAAGUAUGAUUAUUUUUCAUGUGACAUUGUCACGUUCUUCUUUUUUGUAAAUUAAGAUGAAGAUAAAUGUUUUAAACAUGAA